AUGGGCACCGAUACAGAUCCCACGCGGAAGCUUGACACGGCGCAAAAGGUCGACUCACAUUCUGGUGCAGCCCACGAUGGCAGCAUUGACAUCCAUGGCAUUGACGAUGCUGCCAUCAUUCCCAAAGGUGCUCUAGACCCUGUCUACGAGGCUAAAGCCCGUGUGCUCAAUCGCGCUAUUCAAGACAUCGGUAUGGGCUGGUACCAGUGGCAGCUCUUCAUCGUCGUCGGAUUCGGAUGGGCAAGCGACAACCUUUGGCCGAUAGUCACGUCGCUCAUCUUCACUCCGAUCACCAACGAAUUCGGUCCUUCUCGUCCGCCUCUGCUUACACUAUCGCAAAACAUCGGCCUUCUGGCAGGUGCCAUGUUCUGGGGCUUUGGCUGCGACUUGUUUGGGAGGAAAGUGGCUUUCAAUCUGACCCUCGGUCUGACUGCCCUCUGGGGGAUGGCCGCUGCCGGCGCGCCCAGCUUCGCAGGCAUCGGCAUCUUCGCGGCCUUCUGGUCGUUCGGCGUCGGGGGCAAUCUCCCUGUUGAUUCGGCCAUCUUCCUCGAGUUUCUCCCAGGAACCCAUCAAUACCUAUUGACAGUCCUUUCCAUUGACUGGGCCAUCGCCCAAGUCAUUGCCACUCUCAUCGCGUGGCCACUCCUCGGCAACCUCACCUGCCAAGAAGGCGCGACUUGCACCAAAGCCAACAACAUGGGUUGGCGAUACUUCUUGAUCACCAUCGGCGGCCUAACUCUGAUCAUGUUCUUGAUUCGAUUCGUCCUCUUUACCAUCUACGAGUCGCCCAAGUAUCUCAUGGGUAAAGGCCGCGACGAAGAUGCCGUCCGAAUCGUUCACGAAGUUGCAAGGCGAAACGGGAAGCUCACGUCUUUGUCGAUAGAGGAUCUGAAGGCGUGCGAGCCCGAAGGAUACGUCGCGCGCACCGAUGCUGCCACAGCAGUCAAACGAAAUCUGGAGAAGCUUGAUCUUAGCCGGAUCCGCGUGCUUUUCUCUACUCACCGGCUGGCUCUGAGUACCGGCACAAUCAUGGCCAUCUGGGCGCUGAUCGGUCUAGGGUAUCCUCUCUACAACGCCUUCAUACCCUACAUCCAGGCCACCCGUGGAGCGGAACUGGGAGAUGGCAGCACCUAUUUGACGUAUCGCAAUAGUCUGAUCAUCGCGGUGCUGGGCGUGCCCGGAGCACUGCUGGGUGGGUGGCUGGUUGAGCUGCCUGCGCUGGGACGCAAAGGCACCCUUGCCAUCAGCACCGUUGCAACCGGGGUCUUUCUGUACUGCUCGACGACGGCUAUGACUAGCAAUGCGCUGCUUGGCUGGAAUUGCGCCUUUAACUUUUGCAGCAACGUCAUGUACGCGGUGCUCUACGGCUUUACCCCGGAGCUCUUCCCCACUCCGCAGCGCGGCACCGGCAACGCGCUCACGGCGACCUGCAACCGCAUCUUCGGGAUCAUGGCUCCCAUUGUCGCUAUGUUCGCCAAUCUAAAGACAUCGGCUCCCGUCUACACCAGCGGCGCGCUCUUCAUCGCAGCUGGGCUUUUGGUGCUUAUAUUACCGUUUGAGUCGCGCGGGAAGGCCGCGUUGUAA